AUGAGGAAAUUCUCCACUAUUGGAAUCUUUUUAGUUGUUUUGCUUUUCAAUGAAACAACAUUGUCUUGUUUGAGCAAUGCUUCAACCAUUGGUUGCAUAGAAGAAGAGAGACUAGCUCUUCCAAAGUUCAAAGAUAGUUUCACAGACAAUACAGGUCAACUAUCAACUUGGCAUAACCAAGAUUGUUGCAGUUGGAAAGGUUUACAAUGUGAUGAAAUUAUUGGCCACGUUGUUAGGCUUGAUCUCGGUGUAAACUUAAACACACCCCAGUUCAACUUUUCUGCUCGGUUAGGGGCUAAUGAAGUACAUUCUUGUUUGCUUCAAUUGAAAUAUCUGAAUCACUUGGACUUGGCCGGAAACUAUUUUAACCGUAUCCCAUUCCCAAAGUUCUUUGGAUCAAUGGCCCAACUAAGGUAUCUCAAUCUGUCUUAUGCAGCGUUCAGUGAAUUAGUUCCCCAUCAUCUCGGAAAUCUUUCUAGCUUGCUUGUUCUUGAUCUUAAUUUUAAUUUUGAAGUAACUAUAGAUGAUUUCACAUGGGUUUAUCGUCUUUCAUCAUUGCAAUACGUUGCCUUGAGUUUCAUGAAUCUUAGUCAAACGCAAAAUUUACACAAGGUACUAAACAUGAUUCCUUGUGUACUAGAGUUGCAUUUAUCAGAUUGUGGACUUGAUAACAUUCGAGAACUUCCGAGUCUCCUUAGGAACCUGACUUCUGUAAGAGUCCUUGAUCUUUCAGGGAACCAAUCAGCCUUGACAGUACUAGAUCUUUCUUACAAUAAGUUAAAUGGGACCAUUCCUGUUUCUAUUGGACAAUUAUCAAAUCUCAAGAUCUUAGACCUCUCUUUUAACUUCCUGAAAGGCAUAGUACUUUCUGAAACUCAUUUUGCCAACCUCUCAAUGUUGGACGAAUUGAGAACAAGUUCUGCCUUCUUGACAUUGAAGGUGAGAUCUGAUUGGAUACCUCCUUUUCAAUUGAAAUCCUUUCUAAUGGGGUCUUGCAAAGUAGGGAUUCAAUUUCCUCAAUGGCUUCAAAAAGGAAGUUGUUGA